CCUGACAAACCCGCUGGCUAGGCGGAAAAAACAAAGCCCCUGCGAGUUCGCGGGAUCCGCAGACUAGCGCUACAAAGGCUACAGCAGUAAGACAACAGGAACAGACUUAGAGGACGAAAGAAGAAAAGUAAAAGGGUAGAGACCUAAACCUACGGGGGCGCAUGCCAAAGAGGGCAAAGGGAAGGGCAGAAGGAAGACAUCAGACUUAGACGAAAAAAGCAAGAUAAAAGGGUAGACUCUCAAUCCUACAGAGGCGUAUGCAAGAGGGGGCAGAGGGAAGAUCAGACUUCGGCAACGGAAUGAGAGUAUAUAUGUUGAAAAAGGGUCCCUAUAUUGUAUGAAACGAUUAAAAGAAGCCUGCCAUACGCGUCAUCUUCGUAAAGUUUUCGUCGUCGUUGUCCUUUAGAUUUAGUGAGUGCGACGCGUCUUCGUGGAAAUUCGAUCACCUCCACGGAGCCCCUUUCGUUUUCACGUCUGGAAUCGUGGUUGUUCCACGAAAUGUUUCGUGUCUCCGAUGCAGUGUCUUGGUGUCAGACGAAUGAUUCUGUGACUGUGCAGUGCGUCUGUGCGAGGAAACCGGAGGAGGUCAGGAUUUUGCACGACGAAAUUACUCUGACCUUAUCGAGACUUAGACAAGAGCCGUGGUCACCAUCCUCAAGAACGAGGACUACCGCUACCCUGGAAGAUGAAGGUGCCGCAUUUGAUGUCAGUCCAGUAUCGACGUCGAAGCUCGUAUUUCGUCUUUGGCGGGCAGUACGUACUGCCUCGUCAUUUCACACAAUGACCACAACGUCUCACUGUUUUCCCCACACUGUCGAUGACGAGGGAGAUAUUGCAACAUCUACUACUAGUAGAUCAUGUUCGUCAAUAUUCCCCGUCGCCGUCUCCCGCCCAGCGCUAGCGGAUGGGACGAGCAGAAAAGCUGGGAACAUGAGUGCUGGUGUCCACGUUGUAGAAGAAGGGCCGCAGCUUUCGAAUGUUGCUUCGGUUGACCCUGGUGUUGUUGCAGCUGUAUUUCGUCCAGAAGAGGGCGGCGAGCAGGAACAGCAGGUGGUUCUACUUCUCGAAGUACGAGGCGAAAAAUCCGCCCCAGCCCAAUUUUCAAAAUUUGGCUUGGCCGGUUGCGGUGCUCGGUUGCAGUGGGUGUCGUAGUUUUCCAGUUGGGCACAGACUCCAGCCUGGGUGUCUUGGGCGGGCCGUGCUUCACCAAGCUAGGGCACCCACAAUGUCAAUGGAAAGGCUGACGACCUGCGCCACAAAUAGGUGGCGCGGGAAUGCGCGAGAAAAAAAUAAAGGCGCUGGGGUUGGCAAGGGAAAAUGUAUAUCUCUUGCUUUGAUGCGUUUUGGCAUUUCCGACGCGAAAAAGUUCUCCUUUCUCUGGCAUUUUUUGGGCCGCCCAUAGCAUUUGGCCCAGCCGGUUCGCCGGGUGGACUUCAGGCCUUGGGCAAGAAAUUAUACCUUCCGGACUCCGGUCGUGUUUGGCGUCAUUAUAAUUUCUUGCCCAAGGCGUGCAGUCCAGUCGGUGAAACGGCUUGGGCAAGAAAUUAUAGUUAGCCAAAUGCGGUUGUCCCACAAGGGCUAACGUUUGGCCUCCAGCUGUGAAGCAGUUCCCGAGAAUAGCCGGGAGCUGGGGAGGUGGCGGGGUGCCUGCGUUUGGUUUUGAACGUGUGCCGGGUCUUUUGGUGCGUUGCUGGGCGGAAAAUCCGGCAGCCCGUUGGCAGACGACACGCAAUAGCAGGCUCUUUGUGGUUUGAUCAACAUCGCCGGACUUAGCAGCGUCAAUGGCCGAUGACUCGACGCGGCUGAAACAGCUGGCAGAGUCAAGUUUUGAAAAUUGGGCUGGGGCGGAUUUUUCCGCUUCGUACGAAUUAGCGAAGAGGGUACGCUAUCCAACAACUCGCCCCGCCCCCCCCCGCCCCCUCAUCUGUCUCGCGAUAUAGUACCACGUCCGCCCACCUCUUGCUUUGCCUUUAUUAUCUAUAUCUCAUGACUUGCAACCCCUAAAGCAAAACGACAUCGGAAACUCGCCUCGUUCCGGAACGAGGCGCGCAGAGUCCGGAUUUUUUCAAAAAGUGCGAACGCAUUGAGUUUUCGUGUGGGCUCUCGUUUCGGAACGGGAAACGCAGUGAGAAUUCACUGAAUUGCCACUCCAGGACUUUCCAAAAAGUGAGAACGCAGCGAAUUCUCGCUCGGUUUCUCGUUCCGGCACGAGAAAUGGAUUGAAAAUUCAGUGAGUUUUCACUUUUUGAAGAAUCCCACUAACGAGGCCUCGUUCCGGAACUCAAAAUCGAGUGAAAAUUCAGUGGAUUUUCACUUUUUGAAAAAAAUCACUUUUGGGUCACGAAUUUUCUGGGAGAGAGACUUGAGCUCCCAGAGUGAAAAUUUUCCGGAAGUGAAAACUCACUGAAUCAAUUUUCACUCGAUUUUGAGUUCCGGAACGAACUGGGCCUCGUUCCGGAACGAGGCCCAGUUCCGGAACUCAAAAUCGAGUGAAAAUUCAGUGAGUUUUCAUUUUUUGAACAAAAUCACUUUUGGAACAUGCAUGUUCCUGGAGAGAACGCUGACCCUUUGCAGCACACAUGGCAGAAAUAGGGCGAGGGCUACCGAUUCAAAUUGCAGGACCUUCCGUAAGCGUGUUGCGUUGUCGCUAGUAGCGCUUGCUGGGUCGCGAAAAUUUUUUUACGAGCCUUCUCGUUGCAUCGCGCUAUUGCCCGCGCCACAUCGCCGAGAGGAACGCUCUGCCGCACUGCCUGCAAGAUGCCUGUGGUGUCGUUCGUAAGGCGCGCCUAAUUUAUUUUGUGGCUCGCAACAUCGCCCGACGUUUUGGCUUCAGUAUGUUCAAAACGCUCGAAGUUGUAGCAUUUGGGCUCUCGUUCCCCAACGAGGGGAGUUUCCGACGCGAAAGAGGGGGUCUUUGCAAGUCGUGCUAUAUCUUGGAACAGCUAGCUAGUGUUCGACUCACCACAGCUCUCGGAAACCACACGCCCCCGCUGUGCGCGACAUUUUAGUCUUUUAUAUUUUAAUUUUUUUCUAAAAGCGAGCACUUGCAUUUCGAAGGAGGGUGGGCAGCAGGAGGGGUUGGUGUUGGGUUGUGCACUCUCAUAGGAAACCGAGGGCGAGUGGUGGCGGUAUCUUACAGUAGACGUAUCCGACCGAAAGAGCGCCCCCCCGCAAUACCAAUGCAUAGUAAUAGAAAGCAUAAGCAUAACUACACUGCGAGUCGGAGACCUAUUUUUUAGUGUUGGUCACUAAGAAAUAGAACCGCAUCAAAGGCGUUUUCUUAUGGUGCAAGGGCAACGCAGACGAGCCUUCACCUUCUGCAAAUAAAAUUAUGUUCGAAUUCGAAAUGAAGACCGGCGCACAUGGUGAAGAAGUAGAAUAUUUGUCAUGCUCCUGAACUCUGCGAGUGCGACUGCGAAAGACAAAAAGAUCUUCGAAAAUGUGGGACACAAAUUGAAAUUCAAACUCUCUGGAAUUCAGAUUAUCUGGAUCGGGUGUGCCUUUCUAGUGGACAAGACGAGAUCGGCGAAGAAGCGUUGACAGAUGCGGAAAAGAUGCGAGACGAAGCUUCAAAUAGCAUGGUCACGAACGUGGGCAAAAUUGGUGAGCAGAACGCAUUUCGGGGCAGUUAUUUCGGAAAAAGCGCGUUCUCUUGGUGAAGCUCGGGCUACUUCUUCAAAUAAUGUGUAUGUGAACAUAAAGUGAAGCAGGAAAAACAAAAGAAACGAAUGCUGGAGAUGAAAUUGAAAGCGUCGCUCUAGCUCCGGGUCCGGUUCCGGCCUGCGUAAGUAGCCGGAGGACCGUGAAAACUUGAAUGAAACUAAAGCCAUGUAGUUGAUGCGCUGCGAAAAGAAUCGCCACCAGACACCCGAUCUUGCUGAGUCUUCUUGCUUCCUCAUGUAUAUGAUUUGGCGUCCAGUGGAUUGAUUCUCAUUCUACUAGCUGUGUGGUUCUGCGGCCGCCUCUAGAACAAGCGAAGAG